AUGAUUAGGCGGCCAGCAGUAGCUACUUUAUCAUGUAUGAGAUCGUUGUAUAAAUCAGUUACAAACCUGACUGGACUUCCACAAAGAAAUCGGGUUCAAGAUUAUAAAAGAAUAAAGCGUAUAUUGCAGGCUUUACACACGAAUAAAUACGAUGAUAUGAAGGUACCGUCUAUUGACCAAUUAAUUAAGUGUUUAUAUGUGACAAAACCACUUAAGGUAAGUGUGGGUGUAAAUAAAGAAGUUGGUCUGCGACAGAUGAAUGAGGAAGGUCGACAGCUUUUGAAAUCGGAAUUUCUAGCAGCAAAGAAUCUUUUCAAUACAAGGAAUUUGAACCAUUUCACGGGACUUCGAAAAUCUCUAAUGAUGGACCAUCAACUGGGGAAAAUAACGCAGAAGUUUUUUGAGUUGAAUAAUCUUCAAAGCAUUGCACGUAUACCGAUUCCAGAAAAUCGAUUGUCAAAGAAAAUACUCUUUCAACAAGAUUUGAAAGUAUUGAAUAUUGUGAUUGCAUGUUUGGCACAUUAUAAUAACGAAGCCAUCGUACGAGAGUUUAUUCAAAAUGAGGUAACGAAACCAACAUUAAGAAACUUGUUUGGGUUAUAA